GGUAGCUUCUUCAAAUUUGCUAAAUUAUUUCUUUUCGAAAAGUAAACAUCCGGCAGUUUCGUUGUCAAUAGAUGUUGUCUCAACGAUUUCCCUCGUCGUAUCAAUAUUACCUGUUCGCAUACGUUUACGAAGGUUCGGGUACUUCUUUGACCUACCCCUUCAUCAAUCUUUGCCGAAGCGAUAGUCCGAGCAACUUCACAUCCAUCAAUGAUUAUCAUUCAAUCCGAGAAUCAAUAAAUGAUAAAGAUAAGCUCAGUCAAUAACUCAAAAUUAAGGUUAUCAAAUACGGUACUUGAUCUGCCCUCUCUGCUGGAAUCAGCCCCAGUCUCCAGUAUUUUGGAGACGUUGUUGACACCUCCUCGACGAUAAGGAUCAGAAUUUAAUCCCGAUUUGCCCAAGUAAUCUUUUGAACGCCGCUCUAGAAAGAUGAAAGGGUGAACAGGCUCAAUGGGCAUUACAUUUUCAAAACAGUCUGUUAAAUCGUUUUAUUAAUCUCUUUCGUUCAAGAUGGAACCAAAAUAUUCGUGGGUUUAUCAUUCAUGAUAAAUUCGAACUUCCCUCAAUUAAGAACAUGGUCCUCAACUCUUGUUGAUUUCGAAAUCAAGGUGUUCUUCAAAAUUGUCGAUUCUGGCAAUUUUGACAUGCCGGGGGUUUCGUCCUGCUAAAUCGCGGUACGUAUCUCACACCCAGGUAUGCACUUACCCCUCAUUCGGUGUAUGAUUUUCGUGCUCGGUGUAUAAGUAUAGAGUAGAUCCAAUCAUAACUAUGACCUUCGUUUUCGCAUAAUGGCGUCAUGAAUGAUCAACGUCAACUUCCUACAAAAGGAAAUGAAAGUCAUUUCCGAUUGUAUGUUCAGAUCCUGAUGGAAUCCAACCACAUACAAUUCAUCACAAUCGACAGAGACCCUUACUUCUGUGAAUUCAACGACGAAAGGGUGCUUUUGGGUACGUAUCUACGUAAUCAUGAGCCAGUCUUCUCAACCUGAUCGGUAUACAAGCUCAGCCGAUACCGAAAUGCAAGUAUUGACAUUUCGACCCGAUGAGCCUUCUGACCCUCGCAAUUUUUCUUUCUGGAGAAAAUGGUCUAUCGUGGGCAGUAUCACAUUGAUCGAUUUAACAGUCUCCUGGGGAGCAUCUGGAUACUCACCAGCAGAGGAAAAACUUAUCCAGUUCUUCAAUGUCAGUUCUGAAGUCGGCGUGUUGGGUCUCUCGCUCUACAUUCUCGGUCUAGCAUUGGGACCGAUGACAUUGGCGCCUUUAUCUGAAUAUUAUGGGAGGUCUUAUCUAUACGUCAUUCCUUAUGGGACAUUCCUUCUAUUUCUGCUUGGAACAGCACUUGUACAGAACAUUGAAGGGUUUCUUGUUUUAAGAUUUCUAUCGGGUCUCUUCGCUAGUGUGACAAUUGCCAACUUUGGCGGAACAAUUGCCGAUCUUUGGCCAAGAGAUCAAAUAGGGCCGGCGAUGAGUAUUUUCCUCUGGGCCGCAGUGUGUGGGAGUCCUUCCGGAUAUUUUUUGAUGUCCUUCGUUGCACAAAAACAUGGAUGGCGAGAGGUUUUCUGGGCUUUACUAGGGAUUUGUGGUGGAUUCUGGUUGAUACUCGUGGUGGUACUUCUUGUUUUCGGAAAUGAGACAAGACGUUCAGUGAUUCUGCGAAGACGUGCAAAUCGAAUAAACAAGGCUGCGGGAAGAACAGUCGCCACGGUACCUAUUGAAAUGCAGAGCAAAUCUCUAGGACAAUUAUUCAAAGACACUCUUUCUCGACCUUUCCGCUUUCUAGCAACCGAGCCCGUGAUCAUCUUCGCAGCGCUCUACAACGGUUUCUUGUACGGACUCUCGUUUCUGUUCAACAGUGCUUUCAAUCUCGUAUUUGGCAAAAUGGGUUAUGGUUUCGGCACAAUCGGUGUUGGUCUUUGCUUCCUGGGACUUAUCGUCGGCAUCAGUUUGGGUCCGCUGGUCAAUAUAUGGCAAGAAAACUAUUAUCAGAGACGAAUUCGUGCAGCUGGAACAAGGGAAACUCAAUCUGGAGAGGAGCUUGAUCCUGAAAGAUUUAAGAAUAUACCGGAAGCACGAGUUCAAUUGAGCAAACUUGCUGCUGUUCUACUACCGAUCAGUCUCUUCUGGUUCGCAUGGAGUUCGCCACCUCAGUAUCAUAUUCAUUGGAUCGUACCCAUACUUGCUACCACUUUAUUCGGGUAUUCUUUCUACACACUCAUCUUGAUGACUUACCUUUAUGUUGAAGAUAGCUACAUGGUAUUCUCAGCGAGUGCUUUAGCUGGCGUGGGGUUGAUACGAAAUUUGGCCGGUGCGGGAUUCCCAUUGUUUGGGAAACAGAUGUUUGUGAACUUGGGAUAUAAUUGGGCGGGAACAAUAUUGGCAUGUUUAGCUGUGUUACUGGUUCCCAUUCCUUUCAUAUUGGAGAAAUAUGGUUAUAGGCUUAGAGCGAGGAGUUCAUUUGCGAAACAGCAUAUGGACAAUUAAGAUUAUGAUGAUGAAAUGAGUAUAUGAAUAUAUGGAUAUAGACACAUAAUUAAGAAUAGAAGACA